AUGUUUUCUGCUUCAGCACUCUCCGCUCCCCUAGAGCCAGAGGUUCAAGAGUUUUGUGGCUGCCUCUAUCCUCCCUCUUUUGAACAGGCUUUGCCUGUCGACUACGGCCAACCAUGCAGCUUCGAAAAUCCUUCACUACUCCCACCAUGUGAAGAAGAGAAGUACAUAGUGCUCUCGGUGCCUUUUCUCAAACGAGAGCCCGGCCAGGAUCCUUUGUCGCAGGAGAUUUGUGCGGAUCUCCUCGAUGAGUUCGCGGCUACAUACCAGCAACUUAGGGACUGUGUCUGCAACAAUUACUGGGCAGAGACUCCCGUGGAUCCUAAAUUGUCCGAUAGUGGCGCCAAAUAUGAUCAAUCCUCCUAUAAUAAUCGUGGAGGGAAUGGAAAUGCGUUUUUUGACCCUUCUGGACGAAGGGCCAGAAGUGGUUGUGUAAAUAUCCACCUUCCCGGGGAAGAGGUUGGCGAUUUGGCUUUUCCAGAGGUAUCUUUCCGCUGUUUCUACCGUCUAUCCUACAGGGCACGGCUGAUACGCUCCUAGAUUAUUCGAGUAAAGAAACGUUCCUUGAGAGGCCCGCCAGACACUGGAUGUGGUGGAGCCGAGCCAUUCAAAAGGAGAAGGGGACAAGGAGUGCCGAUGCAGGUGGCUCAACCAAAACCCAUGGACCCUUCCAUUAGCCUGGGGAGGAAGCCCUUCCGUGAUGGCCACGGCGAUCUCAGAGAAUUGCCUGGACACAAACAGUCCCCUCGUGAGCCCCAUCGUGAGUCCUAUCGUGAGUCCUAUCGUGAGCCCUAUCGUGGGCCUCAUCGCGAGCCCCAUCCUCACGGUUACACUAAGGAGACUCCUCGGCCGAUACCCAAGCAUCCUUGGCCAGAACCCCGGGAGCCCCCUGCUCGCAAACCUGUGGCCCCAAAGCCCCCAGGGCAGAGGGUGGCCGAGGUAACCAUAACGCAGACGCUCACGGUCACGGUCACAAAACACCCGAGAGAUCCGCCAAGUAGAACAGUCUGUGUUCCGAUUACCCUCACCGUUGAUGUGACGAAAACAAUCACCCUCAGUUCAAGGCUUCCUGCAGAAACAGUCACUACCACCCAGGUCAUCACUCCGACCGAGCUCCCGGAGAAACUCUCAAGGCUGGACGGGCGUCUUCGGGAACUGGGAGAUGGGCUGAAGCGGUUCGACCCAGGGAAUUGA